GUGGCACUAAUGUAACCACAAGGAUAUAAGCUAGCUAAAAACUCACUGAAGAAGAAGACACAUCUCAAAUCAGUUGCGAAGCUGCUGCCUGCAUCACCUGCCGACCGAGCCAGGAACAUACUAGCAGAACCGGAGAAAAAAUGGCGUUCACAUUCGCGGCCUUUUGUUACAUGCUCGCUCUGCUGCUCACGGCGGCGCUUAUCUUCUUUGCUAUCUGGCAUAUAAUAGCAUUUGAUGAACUGAAGACUGAUUACAAGAAUCCUAUAGAUCAGUGUAACACUUUAAAUCCGACAAUUGAAAAGGUCAAAAAGAUUAAAAGAGUCAAAAUUGCAAUAAAGCUGGUGCUUCCAGAGUAUCUCAUUCAUUUCUUCUUCUGUGUGAUGUUCUUCUGUGCGGCUGAGUGGCUCACCCUCUGUCUCAACUUACCACUGCUGGCUUAUCAUGUCUGGAGGUACAUGAGCAGACCUGUGAUGAGCUGUCCAGGACUCUAUGAUCCAACAACCAUCAUGAAUGCUGACAUCCUGGCCUUCUGUCAAAAAGAAGGCUGGUGCAAACUGGCUUUCUACCUCCUGUCAUUCUUCUACUAUCUCUACGGGAUGAUUUAUGUUCUGGUGAGCUCCUAAACCGGAUGAUAAAGGAAAAGGACUGACCAGAUACUAUGAUCUUAGUGCUGGAACACUGGACCUGCUGGAGACCAUAGAUCCAGCAACACAAGACGCCAUUUCAAGCGGACAAACUCUCGACCCCCCCUCCACACGCAGCGCCAUUUUGAAAACAUUUAGCCUGUUUUAAGAGAAUAUCUUGGUUGCAGCGUUCCUCUCAUAGCACUAUAGUGAACAUUUUAUGGAAAAUGAGGACAAGCCUGAACGGAAGUUUUCCCACCCUUUUUUAUUUUUUAAUGUUAUAGUGAUUUUGAUGCUUGGGAUUUAAAUAAAAAGAAUAAUUUAAUCUUGAUUCCCAACUUUUGAGUGUUUACAAAAUUAGGUAGACUUUUUCAGGUUUGCAUUAUCUGAGAAUCUGAGCUGUGUGCUGAACUGUAUUAGCUUUUCCUGUGAAUUAGAUUCUGGGCUUUAACAGCUAACUUAUACCUGCAGUGGGAUUCAUUGUUAUAACUAAAACAAAUAGUUAAAUGCAAACUAGACUUCUGUUAUUGCUCACAGAUACAUAGUCUUAAAACAGACAUUCUGGGACUUGUACAGUGAGGGCUGAAGUGCAUAAGUUAUCACUUAGUGAAACGUGUUGCACAGGGACAAUCGGUCUGGUCGUCACAUCCGUUUUCAAACUGAUGUGUUCUAUCCAUACUUCAGACUUAUCAUCACAUUCAAAUGUAAUCCCUGUUGAAAUCGAUGGCAAUAUUUGUUUCCUUACGUGUGAACACAGUAGCCAGAGAUGUGUAUGUGACCUGUAUUCAUCGCCCUCACAGCUAUCAAUUAAAGGUAGACUCAACAGUAAAAUUAUAUAUAUUCAGCAUUAGG